GGUAUAUGGAGCUGUAUCCAUGGUGUUCAUAUAGAUAUGAAGAAGAAAACGCCUGAGCUAGACUUCAGUCCUCAAGCCAACAUGCUGCACUUGCUUAAGUCUGCCAAAUCAAUCGCUAUGUCUUCGCCCAAACGCAACACUGUCCUCCUACAACCGAGCAUCCUAGACAUGAUGUCAGGAAAAGGUAACUCACUCCAUAGUCUGCCUCAGAAGGGUCCUGGUCUCUAUAGCAACGCUGCAGGUCCACAGGGAUUCCUGUCAUUGUCCGGGAGACAUAAAAACCACCUUAAUAACGCUGCACCAUUUCCCGGACAACCGAAAGGCCCCACUCACCAGACCAGUCCCAACAAACCUCAGCUGUCAAUCACUAAUGACAAUGGCCAGAACCGCCUUCCAGGGCCAGCCAUCACUGCAUCAAAGCCACGAGCCCUGUGGAAGAAAAGCGUAGAGACACUGAAGACUCAACCAAGUGUCGUUUCUCCGGGCCAGAGCCCCACCCCUGCUUCAGGGAGCAGCGGACCUCCAGCUAUGAAGAGCCAGCGCUACCUGCCUGAAGAUCCUCAGCACUCCGACAUGUCCGAGUGUUCGAGUCGACCACCUUCACACAAAGAUUCGGACUCCAUGGCCGUGAGGGGCGGGUUCAAGCCGAUCAAUCAGCUGAGGAAGAGGGGUGGAGGUGGUGGUGGAGGCGGAGGAGCCAAGAUUUACUCCAUUGACUCUGACCAGGCAAGUCUGCAGUCAGUUCCUCCAUACCAGAGAGACAGCCAGGGGGGAGGUGAUGACCGUAGUUACCCCCCUGACCUCUUUCCACCUGACAGCACUUACUUACACCAGUCGGAUGCGCCGAUCAUGCAGCUGAGCGCCAGCCUACUGCACCACAGCCACAGCGCAGAGGCUGACCUGCACUCCCUGAAGGACAAGAAAUACAGUACCUACACUCACAGCAGUGUAAAGGACAAGCCUGGGGGUUCAUUUGAUGCUCCAGCUGGGGGUUCGGGGACACAAGGCACCAGGCCAGGUCAUUGUCGUACCUGCCUAACCAAGCUCAGUGGUUACUCUGGCCUGUACACUGUUCGUUCGCCGCAAACUCGCUGUGAUGCUUGUGCCCACCUUGGAAACCUGUACGACAUCAGCGAGGACCACCUUCACUCGCACUACUCCCAUACUCACCCGCACAGUGGGGACAUGUUUACUCACUACCAUCCCCAGAGUGAGCUGGGCCUGGUGGGCGAAGGAGACGGACUUGUCAGCCACUUCGAGCCCACCCCCUCCUCACCGUCGCCCAUCCCCACCUCCUCGUCCGCCCAGCAUCUCCAGCUGAGUCGUCAGCACUCCUAUGAGAACAUGCUUCCAGAUGGCGUUCCGGAGCGGCAGCCGCAACCUCACGYCCACAUGAGAGGACUGAGCUUGCCUGACAGGGACCGGGACAGGGAACUGACCCUGGACGAUGGGGCUUAUGCCAACGUUCUCACUAUGCGCUCCGAUCGUCCAUACAGCAGCCGCAGCCCACCCUCUCCGUCCCCCUCCCACCACCACAGUCUGGACAUCCCCAUGCCUGUGCCCCGGCGCUCAAAAAGCCUUCUGCCUGAUCGUCCGUCACACAACCCUUUCCUGCAGUCGGCCCCCGGCACAGCACAACGAGACCCCGCCUCCCAGGCUGCCACUCGCCUGCCGCAGAGGAGUUCCACCCACGACAUCUACAAGCAGAGGAUGCCUAUGACGCUCACACUUGGUAACCAUGGCAGUCAUCACAUCAACCAGCACRGCGGCCAUGUCGACCAACAGGUGUUCUACUCUCAGCAGGAGCCUCCUGUGGUAGCCUACAUGGUUCCACCUGCAGCUUCUCAGCCAAUGAGCUAUGUGACAGCACCUCGAGCCUCGAGCGCAGGUGGCAACCGACCCCGGCUUUACCGCCGCAUGCCCAGCAUUGAGUCGGAUGUCUGAGAGACAACAACAACACACUUCAUCUCACGGAGACACGCUAACACACGAGCAUGCAAGGAAAGGGUGUGUGUUACUGGACCAGGCAGUCUCUGAUUCUAAGCACAUACUGGAAAACACACACAGAGACACACACAGACACACACACACACACACACACACACACACACACACACAAGUGAAAGACAGAAAGGUCAGCACUAGACUAAAAGAUAAACAAUGAUGCUGAAUAAAUACAUCAUUGUUUCUUUAUUAAACCCUCUUUAAGGAAGCGAAGCGGGCCACAGGGACACCUGGAGGCACAAUACGAGACAAGUGUGUGUGAGUGUCAGUGUGUGUACUAGCCCCAAGCUGUGGGCAACAGGGCACAAACUGACAACGUGUCUGACGAGGCAGAUGGAAGUCCUGGUGGAAUAAGAGGGGACACUGUACUUGGAGUCUAACGCUAACAGUGGGAUCUAAAGGCGACUGUGUUCGAAAGACCAGCCAACCUGUCCCGCCAUCUCGUCAGCCUCUUGGAGAUAAAGUGGUCACUGAAAAUCUAUUUCUUUCUGAGAUCACACAUUCACACACACACUCGAGUCCCCUAAACCACCCCCUUUACUUCACCCCAUCUCCAGGAGUCUCCUGUUGCACUAUGAUUUCUCCAGUCAACCCAUAAUGUUGUCUGAGCCUCCUAACUGCACUGCCGGCAUGGCUUAAAGAGUAGUCAACGACACUAAAAUAAUCCUCGACUUGAAUGGAAAUUGCUAUCCAAGUAAGACUAGACUGGAAGGCAGGAGUCAGGAAACACAUCUAAGUAGUCUGUGAGCUCCUGCCUUGAGAUGUACAAACACUUGAACACACACGAACACAAUAAAAAAAAAAAAAACAGAUGCUAUGUCUGUUUUCAAGGGAAAGUUAAAACUUUAGACUGUUUGCUAUUGUUGAUGUUAGCUAAAUGAACAUUCCAAAAAAGAAAAAAAGAAAAAAAAACAAUGGUGGACCAAACCUGGCCACCAGUCAAAGCCUCUCAGGAUGAGAGUGUGUGUUCUAGUGUUUCUAGAUCUAAAGACAAUACAGUACAGCAUCUUUGCUUCCUCUCUUAGCUAACCUUCAGGUCUUACUGCAUGCUUCCUACUGCCCUGUGUUACAGUUAAACUCCAAUACAGGGUCAUAUAUGCACACAUUUACACCCGCACAAACAACACAUGCACAUACACGUACACACACGCUCAUACGCAGUAGUCUAGGAUCAUAGAUUAGAGUGGGUGGGUGUGUGAAGCUAUCAGAUAGCUUCUCUCUGUGCACUUUGUAGAUUUUGUACCCCCGCCACCCACACAGACGUUUGACCAAAAACACUUUUGUAUUGAAAGAUAUGARUAUUCUCAAUCACUCGCUGGAUAGAUGUUUUUCCUUACUUUUUAUUUUUUAUUUUAUUUCUCUUUACCGUUGGGUUUUAGAGCAUUUCUAAAGGGCGCCGCUCUUUCAGUUUUCCAGAAGCAGGAGUUUUAYGGUAUCAUGCAAACAGUACACACAACACAGACUCUUAAUGUUUCUCUCCUCUUUUUUCUAUUAUUCUUAACUUUUCUUAUCUCUCCUUCUAACCUUUCCUCCUUCUCUCAUCAGAUCAUUUUUGUUUAUUCUCUCGAUAGCUUCCUCUUGCUCUUUUCCUGCUUCCUACUGUAGAGUAGCUAAAAUAUCAAAAGAGUAAAGUUCAGUCUUGGUGUUUUAAAAAAAACUCCACAUGUUGCUGAAAAUCACGUAAUAUCAGUAGUUGUGAGGAUUCAUCCAAUUUAACGCCGUCUUUUAUAGGAGACAGUGUUGUUUCUAAUAACUUUCUAUGUAAUACAAAAAAAAUAAAUAAAUUUGAGGCCUGUUUGAUGUUUUUUCGUGGUGAAUUUUCAGACAUGAGUGUAUCGCUGGAGCAGUUUUGACUCAUCAAAUAAAUACUCCUAGACUAGCGUCCCAAAUGAGCGGCGGUGAUGGCGGCUCUUUCUGUUGGCGAGAAACACGACGCUGCAUUUUGACGGAGUGGGGCGCAUGGCAAAGUGGAGUUUGUAAAGUGACUCGUUACAGAGGCAGCACACACACGUGCGAGCUCGCACUCGACAAGCUGGCAAAGUGUGUAUGAGUGUUUUAGAAAUCCAUAAUCUACUGAGUAAGGGCAUUGAUUUUUCAGCACAAGGAUUUUGAUGGAAACUGGACUUGAUAUCCCAUUAGCUGAGUGUCUGUCUCUAUUCUCUCUUUUGCUACUCUCUUUUUUCUCUCUCGCACAUGAACAAACACACCCACUUAUAUACAGUACAUUAGCCACAAAGAAUGCAAGACAGUCUGAAUCAAAAACAGAAGAAAAGAAAAUGCACCUUUAAACGGUGAGCGCUGCCCCUCUUUUUGAUAAUCUUAACAGGUUUGUUGUGUGAGUUAUAUGCACAAUAUCAGGUUGCAAUAUUAUACUUCUGUACAGAAAAAUCUUUGUUUUAAAUGUUAGAAAUUGAGUUCUUUUUGUUUGAUUUGAAUGGUAUUAAGUAUUAAUCUCAUUUCAAAUACAACGUGGCUUUUUUAAAAUUCUGCUUCUGACAAAAAGAAAAAAAGAAAAAAAAAAGAAAAAGGCAUGUUUUAGAUUUUUCUGUGAUUUUAUUUCCCUGGAGUGUUGCUGGUUGGGACUACACUGUACAGUCGUCACUACUGGGUUAACUCCUAGUUAACUAUGUGGGGUCAGCUAACCUGUUAACUCAACACACAUCGCUGGGUCUUUCAUCUGAAUCCCACUCAAUGACUGUCCAGCCUGUGUGGUUGAAACAAAAACCCCAUCCCACCCACAGUGUUCUCCUCCACAGCUAGUCUGAGUUUUUCCAUGUUGGAGUGUGAGUGUGUGUGCAUGUGUGUGUUUAGUGUGCUUGUCUGUGUGUGUGGGUGUGUUUUACACUGUGCAGGCAUUUGUAUAAAACAGAGAAUGUGUGUAUUUAGAGGUUGUGUGUGUGUGGGUGCGUGUCCUAUUUGGUAUACUCUCUUUCGUCCCACACGCAACAUUUGACCUUGCUGUUACCCAUAUUACAGUUACACACACACACACAAACAUGCGUGUGUAUGUCCUGGUUAUGAGAGCAUGUAGAGGUUUUGUAUGUCCACCCUCACACAUAUUUUUACACCACCUUUUUUGUUAUUUAUUUGUUUGUUUUCUUGAUUUCAUUUUAAUUGCAUGAUGUACUACUUGUGUUUCUGGUGGUACCUAUUUUGCUGCAACACAUUUUUUGUUUUAUUUUGUUUUUUACCCUGAGAUGGACCUUCUGAGCUACAUGUACCAACAUGUACCCCCUCCACCCUGACUGUACCAACUUCAAUCAUUGUGGCUCCUGGCCGUGAUGUGAGCGGCGCGGCACAUGACUGGCUCUCGCACAAUGCCAGCCGCCGUCGAGAAAUAUGUUCAAAUAUGGUUCCAGAAAGUCGAGAUUUUUAGAUUGGCCUCACUGUUCGUGUGUACAGUAUUGAGUAGAAGGGGUAUGUUGGUGUGUAGUCCUGUGGGUCUCCCUGCUGUGUAUCAAACUUGUGUAUAAGUUCAGGGGUUUCAAAGCUAUAGUUGUGUUGUAAAUACUACCUUAUCACUCAGUACCUCUGUACAAUCUGUAAAUAAGUAAAGGUUACAUUUUUCUAA